UACGUAGAAUCGCUGCACACAAUCUCUCUCUCUCUCUCUCUCGGCGAGACCAGAGGCAGACAGAACCAGACCCUCUGAGACCCAUUCUUCCUCUUCUUCUUGUUCAGUCUUUUGGGGGUCAAAUCAUCCAUAAUUUAUAUCAACGAUCAAUACCCAAAUUCUCAAUUCUCAAUUCCCAAUUCUCGGAUUCUCAAUCCCGAACUCAAAAAUGUCGGAAAUGCCCAAUACAGAUCUCGAGGGCAUCGACGGAGUACGCAUGACCUGGAACUCAUGGCCGCGAACCAAGGUCGAAGCCAGCAAGUGCGUGAUCCCACUCGCCGCCUGCAUCUCUCCGAUCCGACCUCACCCUGACAUUCCUUCUCUCCCUUACACCCCUCUCCGUUGCAAGACCUGCGCCUCCGUUCUCAACCCCUUUGCUCGUGUCGACUUCACCGCCAAGAUCUGGAUCUGCCCUUUUUGCUUCCAGCGCAACCAUUUCCCUCCUCAUUACUCCAUGAUCUCCGAUAUCAAUCUCCCCGGCGAGCUUUACCCUCAGUACACCACCGUUCAGUAUGUUCUUCCUGAAUCCGUUAACCCUACUCAUUCUAACCUUCACGAUGCGUCUUCUAUUCCCCAAUCGCAUCAGCCUCCCCCUGUUUUUCUAUUCGUUUUGGAUACCUGUAUGAUCGAGGAGGAGAUGGGCUUUGUCAAAUCUUCUCUUUUACGGGCAAUUGGAUUGUUGCCCGAUAAUGCCCUCGUCGGAUUCGUCUCCUUUGGUACCCAGGUUCAGGUUCACGAACUGGGUUUCUCUGAUAUGUCUAAAGUUUAUGUGUUUCGGGGCAACAAGGAGAUUCCAAAGGAGCAGGUUUUGGAGCAAUUGGGUCUUGGGAUUCCCGGCAGGAGACCCGUCGGAGCUGCCUCCGCCGCCGGUGGGUAUCAGCCGAAGGCUGUUCAAAACGGGUUCUCAAGUUCCGGUAUUGACCGGUUCUUGUUGCCUGCUUCUGACUGCGAAUACACCCUCAAUUCGGUUUUGGAAGAGUUGCAAACAGAUCAGUGGCCUGUACCGCCAGGUAGCAGGGCGUCGCGGUGUACGGGGGUGGCAUUGAGUGUUGCAGCGGGAUUGCUUGGAGCUUGUUCGCCUGGCACUGGAGCUCGCAUUAUAGCUUUGGUCGGAGGUCCAUGCACGGAAGGGCCUGGAUCGAUUGUAUCAAAAGAUCUGUCUGAUCCAGUUCGCUCCCAUAAAGAUCUGGACAAGGAUGCUGCACCAUAUUUUAAGAAAGCAGUCAAAUUUUAUGAAGGUCUUGGAAAGCAGUUAGUUAGCCAAGGUCAUGUUUUAGAUGUCUUUGCUUCUGCCCUUGAUCAGGUUGGUGUUGCAGAAAUGAAAGUUGCAAUUGAAAAAACUGGCGGCCUUGUUGUUCUAUCUGAAAGUUUUGGUCAUUCUGUAUUUAAAGAUUCAUUUAAACGCAUUUUUGAAGGAGGAGAACAAUCUCUUGGCCUUUGUUUCAAUGGUACACUCCAGAUAAACUGUUCAAAGGACAUCAAAAUUCAGGGGAUAAUUGGUCCUUGCACUUCUUUAGAGAAGAAAGGACCUUCUGUGGCUGAUACCGCAAUUGGUGAAGGAAAUACAACCGAAUGGAAGAUGUGCGGUCUUGACAAGAGUACUUGCUUGACAGUGUUCUUUGAUCUGUCAUCAAGUGAUCGGUCAAAUACACCGGGAGCUGUAAAUCCACAGUUGUAUUUGCAAUUUCUUACCAGGUAUCAAAACACAGAUGGUCAAAUGAUGCUUCGAGUUACUACUGUUUCUAGGGCAUGGAUAGAUACUGCUAUAAGCUCAGAGGAACUGGUACAAGGAUUUGAUCAAGAGACAGCUGCUGUAGUAAUGGCUAGGAAGACAUCCUUGAAGAUGGAGACAGAGGAAUCUUUUGAUGCUACAAGAUGGUUGGAUAGGUCCUUAAUUCGUCUCUGUUCCAAAUUUGGCGAGUAUCGAAAGGAUGACCCAUCCUCAUUUAUGCUAAAUCCAUGCUUUUCAUUGUUUCCCCAGUUUAUGUUUAAUCUACGGCGGUCACAAUUUGUGCAGGUGUUCAACAACAGUCCUGAUGAGACUGCCUAUUUCCGUAUGUUACUCAAUCGAGAGAAUAUUACCAAUGCUGCUGUCAUGAUUCAACCAUCACUAAUGUCAUAUUCAUUCAAUUCACCACCUAGACCCGUUUUGCUAGAUGUGGCAUCUAUUGCUGCCGAUCAAAUUCUUUUGUUAGAUUCAUAUUUUAGCGUUGUCAUUUUCCAUGGAAUGACCAUAGCUCAGUGGCGUAAUUUGGGUUACCAGAAUCAGCCAGAGCACCAGGCAUUUGCAGAAUUGUUGCGAGCUCCUCAUGCUGAUUCCGAUGUGAUCAUCCAUGAACGUUUUCCUGUCCCAAGAUUGGUGGUAUGCGAUCAACAUGGUUCCCAGGCACGUUUCUUAUUAGCGAAACUGAACCCGUCAGCCACUUAUAAUAAUGCCAAUGAAAUGGCUGCUGGGUCAGACGUAAUCUUCACCGAUGAUGUGAGCCUACAAGUUUUCUUUGAACAUCUGCAGAGACUGGCCGUGCAAUCCUGAGAGCAGCGAAAAAGAGUGAAGCACUCUACAAACUGCUCUGGUUUUCGGUGUGUGGGGGGAAAUGCCUUUGGUUUUCCUAUCCUCAUGUUGUUCAAUUCCAUCCAAUUUAUUAUAAACCUGCUUUCUUUCCAUUGUAUUUAAAGAUGAAGAGUCAGACCCCACAUUGAUUUAUCAAUAAAGAAAAGAAAAAAAAAAGCACACAACAUUCUUUGGGGGGUGCUGGUGAGGUAAUUUCUUUUACUUCCUCUAUAGAAUAACUAGCAAAGAUGAGUUGUUUUUCAUUCAUAUGGAAAGAAAGUCAUGAGAGGAAGGUAAGUUGAAGAGGCUUUUUUUCCUCUGCAUCAGUAGGGAAGUUGAGUCAGAAAUUUCUCUUCCUUUUUUUUUUUUUUUUUUUUGGUUAACUGAAUCAGAAAGUAAGGUUCUGUGUAUGAAAUUUUUUUAAGUUAUAUGCUUGUGAUAUGGGGGGUACAUGUUAGUAGGUGGUUUGUAUUCACUUUUAAGUUGACUUUUGCUUAGCUCAAUAUGACUUCACUGUUCAUUUAGGGUUCUGUUUUUUUGUUUUAAUGAAGAGAGAGUACAUUUUUGAAAAUUUGAUGUAGCCUAAAGCCUAUACCUUAUUGGCCUUUUAUUUGGGUUUUUUUUGUUUUGGCUUAAUCAGAUGUUGUUUAAGGUUUUAUCUUCAUUAUGUGUAAGAUUAACUAAAGCUAGAGAUUAUGCUCUUCAUAUGCAUACAAGUGCAAUUUGCUUC